GCGGCACAGAAACAUAUAUAUUUACAUAGAUAUUCUACUUUUCUCUUUCUAUAUAAAUUAGCGACAAGAGACAGUUAAUUUCAUUACAACUACAGGAAAUAAAAAUAGAAUUCAAGUGUUCGUACAUAUAACCCUUAGAACAGUCACCAUGACCGCGAUCGCUACCUUACAACACGCCGCAGUGAAUAGAAGAGAUCUUACGAAAUCAAUAACUCAAUCAGAGCUAAAUCUUUUUAAAUCACCGAGACGCUUUGUUAACGAAAAGCCUCUCCAAGAGGGAUCUACCGCUGUGGUUUCUAAGGCGUACGACACCAAAUACUGUCAAGAUGUUGCGCUAAAGCGUAUGGAUAUGGAUAGAUUUACUAACCAAAGAGUCAAAGAAUAUAUUGUUGGUAAAGCCAUCGGCGAUCAUCCCAACGUAGUUACCACAUACGAAAAGCUAUACAACCACAGAACCCGUGAAGUCUGUUUGGUUAUGGAAUGCUGUGACGGUGGUGAUCUUGUAGAUAUUCUUGCUAGCCGAGACCAAGGAUUUGAUCGGGAUGAGUUCAUAAGCCUCGCUGAGCAGUUGGCUGGGGGGCUCUCACAUAUCCACAGUAAAGGUAUUGCUCAUCGAGACAUAAAGUCAGACAACAUAUCCUUAAGCACUGAAGAUGGACAGGCUAAAAUACUCGACUUUGGAGAGAGUCAAUUUAUAACUGAACCAGCUAACAAUCUCAAGAGUGGAACUCUUCCGUAUAUGGCACCCGAAUUAGUAACGGCUAUCGAAAGGCGUAUAAAUAGCCCAGACAGUGUGGACAGAGUACCCUUGGAUUUACUGAAGACGGAUGUUUGGGCAAUGGGGAUCACAUUCUAUUCUAUGAUCACGUCACAGAUACCCUUCGCCGUUGCGAGUCAGCGGGAUUCCGGAUUUAGAAAUUACUUGCGUGAAAAUAUACUUGGAUCAUAUGAAGUAUGGGCAGCUGUCGAUGACAAUAUUAGGAUGUUGUUAGAGAAUAUGUGUGAAUUAGACCCUGUCUUACGAUGGACUAUGGACGAGGUAGUUGAAUACCUCUCUCAGUUGCAAUGAACUCCCAAUGUUCUUGAUACAUAAUAUUCUUCGCAACUACAACGAAGCCAACUUAGUAAAAAUUAGAGAAUCUUCAGCAAUCAAAUAAAUAUUCAUACGAAUCAAAAUGUUACAGUAUCAAAC